AUGAGCUCCAAAGGAGAUUUCCCCGACGACGAAGACCCCCUCGAAUCCUUGAGAUAUCAAACCUUGGACUGCCUUGAUGGAAUACAUAGUGCAGGGUCUUUUGCAACAUCUGACCACAAUGUCGAGCACAUUCACCCUGGUCUGGUCGUCAAAGGCAUCGGUCCUAUCCGAUUUCCAUUAUCUCAUGAGGAUGCAAAUGCUCUUAUUCGAGCGAGUCGUCGAGCCCCUUUUGGCAAGGGAAGAGAAACGUUGGUUGAUGAGACUGUGAGGAAGACUUGGGAGAUCGACGGCAAAGAGUUGUCAUUCGGAAAUGCAGGCUGGGACAGCUGGCUUGAUCGGGUUCUUGAAAAUGUUUCCAAGGGCCUGGGCAUCCCUGGCAGUGCUGGACGUGUGCGAGUCGAGCUUUACAAGCUACUGGUCUACGAGGAGGGUGCCUUUUUCAAAGCUCACAAAGAUACGGAGAAGACGAAAAACAUGUUUGGAACCCUGGUCGUUUGCUUGCCCUCGGAGCACGUUGGCGGCAGUGUUCGCUUGAUCCAUGGAACUGAAGAGAAAGUCCUCGAAACAGACAGGUGGUCUUCUUAUGGCGUCUCUUAUCUGGCUUGGUAUAGUGAUGUAUCUCAUGAGGUAGUGUCGCCAGUUCAAUCCGGAUAUCGAUUCGUUUUGACUUACAACCUCAUCAACACUACUCUUGAACGUUCUCCUUCCGCCGCUGUACUCGAUGUUGAACAAUCCAAAAUCUGCCGGAUUCUCGCCGAAUGGGAUUCGAUGCAAGAUAAACCACAGGGCAUGUGUUACGUUCUUCAGCACAAAUAUACUGGUGCCAGCCUUCAACUGAGCGGUCUAAAGUGUGACGACUAUUACCGCUGUUCUCAGCUUGACAGAGCUUGCCGGUCAAAUGGUCGCUUCUGUGUUUUUCUAUCCCGACUGGGGCUGACCGUGACCCGAAUCAACGAAGAGGCAUAUGAAGAAGAGGACAAGGAAGAGCUAUUUCUAAAGGACACCGUCACUCUAGAGGGCAUCCAGCUUCGAGAUUCUAUGAGGAUAGGGAAAGACUGCCUCGUACAAAGAAACUUGUAUGAGGCUCGUGAGCACGAUGAACAAUGGGAGGGGAACACGUGA